AAAUAUUGUGUCUAUUUGUUUUAAACUUGGUAUUUCGUCUACUUUGUCUCCAUUAUGACUUUGUUUCUGUUACACGUCCAUGGUGACGCUUUGAUUUUUGCCCGGAGCUAUUUCAGAACGGACUACGCCAAAGCGAAAGCGACACAGAGAUGAAGAGUGCAAAAAUUGUUUCCGUACGAAUCCAUUUUGGAACGGAUCAGCCAACAAGCAAGCGACCAGUGACACAAACGUGAAAGGCCUAUUGAUGGAGCCAAACAGUGAAUGAGACACCCCCCUAAACCCAGAGACCCACCAUGCUCUCAACCAAACCCACCUGCUGGGAUACUCUGACUGCCCUCAGGAGGUUCCACUGGCAUCCUGGCUGCCUGUCCGGCCUCUAUACGCUCCCCCACGGGAAAGAGCCACGCUCCGACACGUUCCGUGUGCGUCCCGGCAUCCACAGAAAUAUCCGGUCAUUAGUUGGUCAUGGAAGGAGAACAUUCAGCGUGUCCGCAGCAGCGAUAGUGAACGCAGCCCCGGGGCCCGUCCAGCCAUAUCUUCGCUUGAUGAGACUGGACAAACCAAUAGGCACAUGGCUGCUGUACCUUCCGUGCACGUGGAGCAUCGCCCUAGCCGCCGAGCCGGGCUCCCUUCCGGACUUGGGGAUGCUGGCCCUGUUCGGUACGGGCGCCGUGCUGAUGCGAGGCGCCGGGUGCACCAUCAACGACAUGUGGGACAAAGACUUUGACAAGAAGGUGAGCCGGACAGCCUCGAGGCCCAUCGCGUGUGGGGACGUUUCCCGUCUACAGGCUCUGCUGUUCUUGGGAGGGCAGCUGUCGCUCUCUCUCGGUGUGCUUGUCUGCCUCAACUAUUACAGCAUUGCUCUUGGCGCCGCCUCCUUGUCUCUUGUGGUCACGUACCCACUGAUGAAGAGACUCACUUACUGGCCUCAGCUGGUGCUCGGUCUGGCCUUCAACUGGGGGGCACUCCUGGGCUGGGCUGCUGUCCGAGGUGCCUGCGAUUGGUCCGUGUGUCUUCCCCUUUACUUCUCCGGAGUCAUGUGGACGCUCAUCUACGAUACCAUUUACGCACAUCAGGACAAGGAGGAUGACGUCAAGGUGGGCGUCAAGUCGACGGCGCUCAGAUUUGGCGAGCAGACCAAACCUUGGCUGAGCGUCUUCAUGGGGGCCAUGAUGGCUGGCCUGGUUGCGGUAGGGGUCCACGCCGAGCAGACCCUCCCGUACUACGCUGCCCUCUCUGCCGUCACACUUCACCUAGUGCACCAGAUUUCCACUGUGGACAUGGACAAGCCAGAGGACUGCUGGAAGAAGUUUGUAUCCAACAAAAACUUGGGACUCUUACUACUUUUAGGAAUCAUCGCUGGUAACCUGUGCAAAGAAAGACUAGAGAAAAUAGCAAUAUAAGGACUGGUAAUGAUCACAUAGAUUUUUAAUUUUACUUUGUAUCUUGGCUCUGUAAUAGGAAGCCACAUAAAACGCAUACAAUAAAGAACAUGGAUUGCUUUAUCGAA